GUCCACAUGCUACAGGUUCUUCUGAAUGCUGCCUUCAUGGUGAACAUGCUGGAGAGAGACGGCACGGGCGCACACGUUACCAUGACGACGCACGACGCGGCCAUGGUCAGGGACCCCGCCAUCGUCGUCGACGUCUUCCUUGAUUGGAGGAUCUGGGCGAAGGCAGAUGCCUCCGUGUGGACGAUGUUGUUUUCCAGCAUGGCGACCGUCAUCAGGGAGGGACCUGAGACGUGUGACUUCAACAUCGCUCAGUUUAAAGGAGCUCAUCUUGUGCAUAAACUGCUCUAUAUGAUACAG